GAAUCAUUGCCUCAAUAUCAACAAAUCAGGAUGGAUUGUAUCAUUUCCUGUCAGAUUUUGGGGCCAUCUUGGUAACGCGCUUCGGGCAGUUAUUUCGGACAGGUACUUUCCUAUUCAAAUUAAUUGUGAGGGUCCAGUCAUGAAAAGUGAAUCAGUACAUGACAAGAAGGAGUAUUUCAUUUUGGGGCGGCAGUGGCUGAAGGAGCACUAUGAGGCGUCUGAGGGCCAUAACGUGGCCCGCAGGGUUCUGUAUGAGCAGUACAUGCAGCACUGCAAGGAGGAAAAGCUGAAGCCCAUGAGCUCCGCCUUGCUGGGGAUCGUUGUCCACUCCACCUUCAUGAAGCUCAACAUGAGACGACUGGGUCCCAGGGGGAAUUCGGAGUAUCACUACACAGGGAUGCGUUUGAAGAGGAGAUCCCCUCUGAACCAGCAGGAGAAUGCUGGAGACUCCACCACUGAAACAAAGGCCAAGGGCAAACUUGUGGUGAAGACCCACGCAGGCUGGCGGCAGUGGCUGAACGAUAACUAUGUGGUGGCUGCAGGGAUGAGUAUGCCACGCAGUGCGGUUUAUGACCAGCUCUUGUGGCAUUGCCAUGAGUGCAACCUGGAUCCAAUCUCCUCUUCGGCCCUCGGCAAACUCAUCAGCUCCGUCUUCCCUGAAAUUAUGACCCGUCGCCUCGGAACAAGGGGGAACUCAGAGUAUCACUACUGGGGUAUGCAGCUGAAGGAGGACUCUCCGCUCAUGCGCCUGAGAGAGGCCUGUCCUGCAGAAAUGGAGGAGGAAGGUGACUCGGAAAACUGUGCAGAAAAAACAGAGGAUGACUCGGAAGAGAUUGUGGAAGAAAAAAAGCAGGAUGAACCAGAAGAUCUAGAAAUAACAGAGGAUGAUUCGGAAGAGUUGGUAGAAGAAAAAAAGAAGAAUACCAGAGGAGGUCGUGCGUCUCAGAAGAAGCCUGUCUCUGGGAAGAAGACUGGCUCUAGGACCUCACGGAGGACAUAGGACUCUCUCCCUCUAUCUCUACCCUUCCCUAGAUGUUAAGGAUGGCUGCCUGUGCACACAGUGUCAGGGCUCAGGUCAGGGUGGAUACUGAAGCCCCACGUGUCUCCUGCUUUCGCUCCUCUUGGAAUGUGCCUCUACUUCACCAAUAGAGAUGGCUGACUAAUGCAGAAUACACACACACACUUUUGUACUAACAAGCAGGCACACACACACACACACACACACACACACACACACACACACACACACACACACACACACACACACACACUUGUACCAACACACUUACACACACACACACACAUCUUGGUGAAAUGUAAUGCUAUUAAAGACUUUGGACGUA